CUCAGCGACGGGGAGAUGGAAAUCCCGAGGCAGCUCCCGGCUCGCGGGACACCACAGGGCGGCGGCGGCGGCGGCGGUGGCGGCGGCGGCACCGGCGGCGUUGGCUGUUGCCAGGCGGGAGGUGGUAGAGUCCACCCUGGCCCGGGUGCUCUAGCUUGUCAGGCCCCCACGCGCCGCCUUCUACUGCUCCGGGGGGCCCAAGAUGGCGGGCCCGGGCGGAGCGAGGAGGCCCAGAGGGCCUCACGGGGCCCGGCUGCGGCCCUGAGUCCUAGUCCUAGCCUGCUGACGCCAAGACAUGAUCACCCGAGCGGCGGUGGCGGCAGCCACGGCGACGACUUCUUCCUGUUGCUGCUCAACCCGGUGGGUGGCGAUGUGGAAACGGCGGGUACGGAUCAGGCAGGAGGGCCCGUGUGGAGGGAGGAGGCCGAGGCGGGGCUGGGCCCUGAGCGGGGUGAGCGCGGUGCGAAUCCCGCGGGCCGCACUGAGCCUGGCCCCCGCUAUCUGUCCCCGGCCCGGGCCCCGCUCCCGUGCCCGGCCCCGGCCCUGGGCCCCGCGGCGGCCUUCGCCGGCACCGUCACGAUCCGCAACCAGGACCUGUUCCUGAGCUUGGAGAACGGCGCCCUCACCCUGACCACGCCCCCGCUGCCCGCCUGGGAGCCUGGGGUCGCGCCUGUCCCGCAGGUCAGGGGGCCAGCCGCCCCACAAGCCGGGUUUCCGCCCGCCGUGCAGCUGUGUGACUGCCCAGAGGUGCCGCCGGACCUCCUGCUGGCCGAGCCAGCGGAGCCCGCGUCUGCGCCCGCGCCAGCGCCUGAGGAAGAGGCCGAGGCCAGGGCCGCCGCCCAGAAUCCCCCCGGGCCGCUUGUCCCAGGCCCGGGCGUGGUGCUGUACCUGUGCCCGGAGGCGCAGUGCGGCCAGACCUUUGCCAAGAAGCACCAGCUGAAGGUGCACCUGCUGACGCACAGCAGCAGCCAGGGCCAGCGGCCCUUCAAGUGCCCCCUGAGCGGCUGCGGCUGGACCUUCACCACGUCCUAUAAGCUCAAGAGGCACCUGCAGUCGCACGACAAGCUGCGGCCAUUUGGCUGUCCGGUGGAGGGCUGUGGCAAGAGCUUCACCACUGUGUACAACCUCAAGGCGCACAUGAAGGGCCAUGAGCAGGAGAACUCCUUCAAAUGCGAGGUGUGCGAGGAGAGCUUCCCCACGCAGGCCAAGCUCAGCACCCACCAGCGCAGCCACUUCGAACCCGAGAGGCCCUACCAGUGCGCGUUUUCGGGCUGCAAGAAGACGUUUAUUACAGUGAGUGCCCUCUUCUCCCAUAACCGCGCCCAUUUCAGGGAACAGGAACUCUUCUCCUAUUUCUUUUUGAUCGCCAUUUCUCAGUCAUGUUUCCACAGGGUCCAUUUUUUAAUAACCAUAUUUACUGCAGUCUGUGUGACUGCACGAGUGACACAGCAGCUCUGUUUACAUCAGAUGACAUUCUUCCGCAAACUGAUUCAGCAGCCAGGGGAGUCCUUCACGGACUUUCUCGCCCAAGUUACUGGAGUGGUAGAAUGGAGAGAGGAAUCUGGGACCACUCAAGAUAUGCUUGUCAAAUACUUGGCAUGGGAAGGCCUAAAUACUCCUACCCGCAGUGCUAUCGCACCUGUCUGUAAUGAUGAUAUUCAUAAAUGGGUACUCGCCACUAGAGGCCUAGACCCCAAGACAGGGCCCAUCAAGGCCCUGGCUGUCUCCUUAGAGGUACUCUUAUUACAAGGAAGGCCCACCUCCUCCGAUGAAAAAUAUGGCUGCUGGAACUGCGGGAGGACAGGACACCUCUGCAGGGACUGCCUGAACAAUGGAGCUCAUCCCAAGACCUGCUGCCCUAAAUGCAAAAAGGGAUUUCAUUGGGCAAAAAUUUGUAGGUCAUGGCCCCAAUCAGAGUCAGCUCCUUUAAACUCCACCCGGGGUGCCCCUCAGCCCCACAAGAGGGGGAAUGAGACAGGUUUUAUGGACCCUUCUGAUUCUUAA